CGAUCAGCAAAAAUCCCACAACCCUCACACCCAUAAAAUGAAGCUUUCACCCUCCCAAUCCCUGAACGCGUACCUGCCUUAGCUUGACCUGACCUGACUUGCCACGUGCCCAACAUCGCCAACAAUCACCUCCGCAAACCUCCGCAACCCGCGAUUCGCCAAAACACCCUCACCUCCCUCCCACCCUCUGGAUGACACAGCUUUCGCACACGAAUGGCGCGCUCGCUCCAGCCAGCGGGGCAGACGACAUCGGCCUGCUGCGCACCAUCAUCGCGAGCGGGUGUCUCGUGUGGUUUGUGUUCAUAUGGCUGGUAUGCGGGAUAGGUUUCACGCAGCUAUUCAGAUACUACUCCACGCGCCCCCAACCCGCAGUAUGCGUCACCAAACUCCCCGCAACCGACGUCCCGCACGUCACCGUAAUCCGGCCCGUCAAGGGCCUCGAACCGCGCCUCUACGAGUGUCUAGCCGCCACGCUGCGCCAGACAUAUCCCGCUGGCAAGAUCGACACCGUGUUCUGCGUCGAGGCGCGGUCGGACCCCGCGUUCUCCAUCCUCGAGCGCUUGUGCCGCGACUUUCCGCGCGCCCAGGUCCGCAUCCUGGUCGAGGAGGAGGAUCCGCUGUUGCUGGGGGGAGGGCGGGACGCGCUGGGGCCGAAUCCUAAGAUUCGCAAUAUGAGUCGUGCGUAUCGCGAGGCGAGGGGGGAUGUGGUGUGGAUUCUCGACUGCAAUGUUUGGGUGGGCAAGGGCGUGUGUGGGCGCAUGGUCGAUCUGCUGUGCGGGUUUGGAGAAGGGAAGCCCACGCGGUAUAAGUUCGUGCACCAGACUCCCGUCGUGGUCGACCUGGACUCGCAGACCAUGACGGUCCAGAACCGCAAGGAGCUACUAGGCGGCCGCCCAGAAACACACCCAGACGAAGCCGAACAAGCCACGCAAUCCGCCGCAGCAGCAUCCUCCACACCACCCAGCUCCUCCUCCGCACUAACCCGCCUCCUCCAGCGCGCCGGCGGCCGCCUAGACGAAGCCUUCCUCUCCUCCGCGCACGCAAAAUUCUACCUCGCCAUCAACACCGUCGCAGUCGCCCCCUGCGUAAUCGGAAAAAGCACAAUGUUCCGCCCCUCCCAACUAAACCACAUCACGGCUUCGAAUCCCCUGCGCGCACCGGGCAUAGAUUAUUUCUCCGAUAACAUCUGCGAGGACCAUCUCAUUGGCGAUGCGCUGUGGAAGGUGCCGCAGCCUUUCGAACAGAAAGGCAGUAAAGAAGAAGGGGGGGAUAAGGGGGGGAAGUGGAACAAACACGCCAUGCUCUUCGGCGACCUGUGUUUCCAGCCCACAAGCCACACACCCGUAGCUGCAUACCUGCACCGCCGUAUCCGCUGGCUGCGCGUGCGGAAAUUCACUGUCACGCUUGCGACUUUCGUGGAGCCGGGGACGGAGUCGCUGGUUUGUGGCGCGUAUGGCGCGUAUGCACUUACCACGCUGCCUUUCUUCGCUCGUAUGGGUAUUCCGGGUACGUGGGCGGCUUUCCUCGCCAUCUUCCUCUCGCAUACGGCGCUCUGGUGUGCGUCGGAUUAUCUGGUUUACCUCCUCCUGCACUGCGCGAAGACGCUGGAAAUCGACUCGCACACCCCCGACUUUGUACUGCCUACCUCGUCGGCUGUCACCCAACCCCUGCUCCCUAAACAGCCUCAACUAAGAGACGGCGCGCGCCGCACGUUCCCGGAGUUCCUAGCCGCGUGGCUGGGCAGGGAGGUGUCUGCGCUGCCGGUGUGGAUUGUUGCGUUUUGGGGGGGGGUUACGGUUGAGUGGCGGGGAAGAAGGUUUUGGGUGGGGCUGGAUAUGAGGGUGCAUGAGAUUGUUGAUGAGGGGGAGAAGAAGGGGGAUGGGAAGGGUGAGGGGAAGAGGAAAGACUAG